GAGAGAGAUAUGAUCAGUGCCUUGUUUUCAGCAGAGUGGUGUUUGUACUGAAGACAAACAGGCCCAGUGUUAGACGUUCAUCUAGAGUAUAACUACACCACAUUUCACCACCUGAGUCCGGACAGAUCAGGAGACCAUUUCAUUCCUUGAAGUAAACCUGGUGGUUACAGGAGGAAAAGUACAAGCAUCUGUCAGAAAACGCUAUCAUGCCUUCCGCGAAACAAAGCAGCAGUAAGAGGACCCAACACCGGUCUUCACGGCACACCUUCUCCGCCGCCUACCCAGACGAACACAUGCUGCAUUACUACCGCUGGACGUCAGCUCCAGGUGUGAUGAAGAUCAUGUGCAUCAUCAUCAUCAUCAUGUGCGUGGCACUGUUUGUGUGUGUGGCAUCCACGCUGGCUUGGGACUACGAUAUGGAAGCCAUGGGGAUGGGUGGGCUGGGGAUGGGGAUGGGCAUGGGAGGAGGCUACGGUGGCGGGUCCUACGGUGGCGGGUCCUACGGUGGCGGGGCAUACGGAGGCGGAGGGGCGUACGGAGGCAGCGGUGGCUACGGUGGUGGUGGUAGCUAUGGAGGCUACUACAUGGACCCCUUGACUGGCAAGGGCUUUAUUAUUGGCAUUGCAGCCAUCACCUUCAUAGCCGUGCUGGUCAUCUUCAUCCUGGUGGUGUCAAGGCAGAACACAGCUCGCUCGCACAAGUUCUACCUGGCCAGCAUUAUCAUCUGUGCCAUCCUGGCCUUGCUGAUGCUUAUAGCUAGCGUUGUGUACCUGGUGGCCGUUAACCCAAGAGCCCAGUCUUCUGGGUCAAUGAUGUACAACAUGAUCUGGCAGAUGUGUAGCCAGUACCAGUCCCAAUCCCAGGCGACUGGCAUCUUCAUCAACCAGUAUAUGUACCAUUAUUGCGUGGUGGAACCUCAGGAGGCCAUUGCCAUCGUUUUAGGCUUCCUGUUGGCGGUGGCACUGAUCAUUCUGCUGGUGUUCUCUCUGAAGACCCGUCAGGAGAUGAGGCGCUACGGCAGGCAGCGUGUUCUCUGGGAGGAACCCAAACUUUUCAACGACACAUUUUCUCAUGGUGUGGAGAAGUGGGUGGUUGACGUGUCUGGGAAACCAGAGACUUUGGUGAACGACUACAAUGACCAGGUCGGAGCAUCUCGGAUCUAUCUCGACCAAAGCUCAGACUAUCAGAAACCACUCUAUCUCCCUGGCGGCUCUGAUCUAACCAGCAUGCUGAGCUCAAAGAGUAAACUGAGAGACUACGAUACAGGAGCAGACUCGCCCGACGAACUGGAUGACACUGACUACGACAGUGAGUUCCCUCCCAUCAUGAGCGACAGCAAGAGGCACGAUUACAAGCGGCAGUUCGACCGGGACCACAUGGAGUUCAAGCGGCUGCAGGCCGAGCUGGAUGACAUCAACGUGGGCCUGGCCGAGGUGGACCGAGAGCUGGACCGUCUGCAGGAGGGAAGCCCACAGUUCCUGGAUGCCAUGGAACAGUACAGCAGAUUAAAGAACCUAAAGAGGUCAGCAGAUUACCAAAUGAAGAAGAAGAGAAGUAAGCAACUGAAAGCCAAGCUGUCCCACAUCAAGCGGAGGGUCAGCGAUUAUGACCGCAGACCGUGAGAAGCCCUGUCUUGGCGUUUUCUCGCCGGGCCUGCUCCCGUUCUUCUCCCUGUUUGGACCUUUUUUCUUUUUCUGCUAAUUUUAAGAUGUUGCGUUUGAGCCGAUAUGAACCUAGUAUAUAUUCACUUUUUCAAAUCUAUUUUCUUUUUUUUUUCUUUUUUUUUACUUUUGUGUCAAACUUUUGUGGUACUCUUUUUUUUCAUGCCUGGCUACCUGUCCCUGUUCUGUAGCCUUCCUCUACAGCUUUCUUCUACUGUACUGGGGUCAACAUUCGGCUGAUGUUGGGCUAAAAUAAGGAGCAAUGUCUCACUGUUUCAAUAGGGUUUGAAGCUCAGUGUACUGCUGAUUUUUUUUUUAGGACAGGUACGUAUCGUAACGUUUUGUUGACAAAGCCCGAGCUGUGGCUCCUCUAGUUCCACACCCUUAUUUCCAUACAUGUCACGGGGGUACAAAGGGAAAAACACCAGUGUUUGAACAACCCUGCGUUUUUGUUAGGAUAUAAACGACCAAAACUGACCUAAAAUCCACCCUCAGACUCUGAGAAGUUUGGUAAAUAUGGGCUGUUUCUUAGGGCAGGGUCACCAGCACUGACUAUAGCAAAGAGAUUGUUCCUUGAGGAACCGGUUUAUUGUGAAUUUAGAGGCUGGAAUAACAGAUAACAACAUAUAGAAGAACAAAACAUUAAAUGAAUACUGUGGUGAAAAUAUGUGAAUAAAUUGUCUCUUAUAAAAAUGUAGCUGAUCAGCCAUAUGUCUGUAAAUGUUUCCGGUAGCUAAAAGGUACCAGUAAUGGAAAACUACAAAAACCACAAGGCCUAAAUAUAAUAAAAAAGUACAUAUUCUUCUAAAACCCAGUAUAAAGUUCUUAGCUAAUCUCUAAUAGACUUGCUCAUGUGGUUUUUAAGGUUUUAUGCCAUGCAUUUGAAUAAAAAUCAAAUGCUAUCAGUCAGCAAAAAGUGCUGAAAGCUAUAAAGUUUAUAAAGCUAUAACAUUUUUCUGUAUGCUCUGUUUAAAUGGUCACAUUAAGCUUUAUUCACCCUAUUUUACAGAAUUUUAAAACGUUUUUUUUUAGUUUUGCACUGGAGCUACAAAGCUGAUUAGCUAUAGUUGUAAAUGAGCUAAAGCUGUAGCCACAGUAGCAUUGUGUCUAUAUUAUCACACACUCUGCUCACAUGUUCAUAAAUAGGUUGUUUGUAUGACAUUUCUUACACUAUAUGACAUAUUUUUACAUCUAAAAUUAGCAAAUGUGUUUUAGCAUAGCUGAAAACAAUACUAGCCAGCCUGAAGGCUGAGUUUUGUCUUCAGUUUGGUCCAUUCAGGGAUUCUAGGUCACUGUUUUAGUGCGUUAAGUAACAUUUAACUAUUUUUUUCACCUAAUUCUUUAAAAAUGAAAAUUUUUAUUCACCUAAUUCUUUAAAAAUGACCAUUAUAAAUACCUGAAAUAUUUUUUUUUACUUUUACAUAUGCAAUAAAUGAAGCAAAGUCACAAUUGUAGUUAGGUAGAAUUGCUAAUUAUGUUUUUGACAGUGUUUGACACUUUUUCCUCGUUUAAAAUCGAACAAAAAGAAAUGUACCAAAGCUAAAAAACAAAAUUAGCCCUUCUAAACGCAGACUUUCUCCUUCUGUUGUGUCAAUUCAGUGGGAAACAGGAACUUGUAUAAAUAUUAAGCAUUUUAAAGUGCUUUGGCCUUGGUGAAUGGCUAAUUGUUCAUGUGCAUGUGACGUGAUUUUAUUUAUAGAAAAGAACCAACUUAUAUAAGCAUGGCUAAAGCCAGCAGUAGCCAGCUUAAGUUUUUCUAAUACUUUUGUGUAAAUAUGAUCUAUUUGUUUUCUAAACUGUUCAUUUAAGCUUUGACUAAGGUGGUAAUUUAAUCCAGAAUUCUACUCCAAAGGAAAUGGCAGCACUUUGUAACUGUGACCAUUUUAAUAAAAGACUAUGUUCACAUUACAAGCCCCAUUAAAGUGACAAAAGAUAUGAUUUACACACGUCCCUAAAAAAUCAGAUCUCAGGUCUCCUAAUAUCACUUUGUAAUUAUUAAAGCAUACAGGAAGGAAUUGUGAAAUAAAGAAAUGUAUGAAGAUUGGUAAUUUUAAAGUUUUGUUUUUAUUAUUACUGUAAUUUUGAUUUUGUUAAUAGCUCAUUCUACAAAGCAGUUCAGUCAUAUUUGAAUGAUCAUGAUUUUGUGUAUUAUUAUUAUUAUUAUUAUUGUUUUAUUUUAUUUUACUUUAAGCUGGUGACAUUGCUGUCUUGUCUGUUGUCUUUUUUUUACAUGUUUGUUCCAUCAUUCAGAAUCUGAUAUCUAAGACCUUCUCAUAGGGUGUGACAUUAUGAUUGAAGUGAACAGUGUAUUAUUAUUUCUUGUAUUUUAUGUGCAUUUGCUGAAUGUAUGAAGUGAGAGAACUGAUAUUGAAUUUUUACUUUCUUUAAUAAAUGAGAAAAGAGUGUAUGGUAA